UCAUUCAUUUUUUUUUACAUUUUACGUUGUUUUAGUUUAAUUAUAUAUUAAAAUUUGCAAAUUAAAUUUUUCUCUUUUUUAAAUUUAUAUGACAAAAAUUUAUCAUCAUUAAUGCAAAUUGCAGAUCAAUUAGUAGUUUUCGUGGUGGUUUACAAUCGUUGAAUUGAAGGAAAGGAAUUCAAAGUAAAUAACCCAAUAAUUAAUAGACAACAUUGAAAAUAGAAAUAUAAAAUAGAAUAAAAACAUCUAUGGCACUAAGAAGAGCCAUAGGAGCAGUGAAAGAUCAAACCACAAUAGGACUUGCAAAAGUGGGAAGCAGAAACUCCUUAGCAGAUUUAGAUGUUGCAAUUGUGAAGGCAACUAGCCAUGAUGAGUACCCUUCCGACGAGAGGUACUUUCGUGAGAUCUUUAGCUUCACUUGCUACUCUCGAACCUUUGUUGGAUCUUGUGUUAAUACCAUUUCAAGGCGCCUUAGCAAGACUAAGAAUUGGGUAGUAGCCUUAAAGACAUUGAUGCUAACCCAAAGAUUACUAGAAGAAGGAGACCCUACAUACGAGCAAGAGAUCUUCUUCACCACAAGAAGGGGGACUCGAAUGCUUAACAUGUCGGAUUUUCGAGAUUCGAGAUCGAAUUCUUGGGACUACUCGGCGUUUGUUAGGAUGUACGCCUUGUAUUUGGAUGAAAAACUCGAGUAUAAAAUGCAAGCAAAGCGGAAGCUUCACCAUUUAAAUACACAUGCUUACUCGUUCGAGCAGCUACAACAAGAUGAACAACAUCAAGACUAUGUUUCAGCCUCAGAUUCUUCACCAAGGCCAAUUAGUAAUACAGCUUCUGACCUUACUAUUGAACAAAUUUUGCCCAAAAUGCACCACUUGCAACAGCUUUUGGAAAGAUUUCUAGCCAUAAAACCAACAGGUAAAGCAAAGCACAAUCGAAUUGUUAUAGCAGCUCUAUAUACGGCUGUAAGAGAUAGCUUUCAAAUAUAUUACGACAUAACAGACCUAUUGAGUGUUUUGAUUGAUCAAUUUAUGGAGCUAGAAAUCCCAGAAUGUACCAAAGUACAUGAUAUUUUUUGUCGAACUUCGAAGCAAUUUGAUGAACUCCAUUCGUUCUACGUUUGGAGCAAGGACAUAGGCGUGGCACGUAGCUCAGAAUACCCUGAAGUAGAGAGAAUAACCCCAAAAAAGCUCGAGCUGAUGGAUGAAUUUAUACGAGACAAAAUAGCUAACGCCAAAAGCAAAUUGGCCAUUAUACAUCGACAAGAGGAGGAAAAAGAACCGUUGCAAGGGAGCAAAGAGCAAGAAAAUCUCGAAGAUAUGAGUACAAUAAAGGCACUUCCUCCGGCAGAAGGUUUUCCUUCGGAGGAUGAGGAGAUAGUUAUCUAUGAGAUGAAAAAUAAAGAACCUGAACCCAAAGAAGCCGAUCUUUUACACUUAGGAGAUGAUGCACCUACAAGUGAAGAACAUAGUGAUAAACUCGCUAUAACACUUUUUGAUGGAGGAGCAGGCCACACAUCAGGGCCUGCUCCACCUCCGAUAUGGGAAGUAUUCAAUAAUACUUCUGAUUGGGAGACGGCACUAGUCCAAUCUGCAAGCUAUUUGCCUCACCAAAAGGCCUCACUUGGAGGUGGUUUUGAUACAAUGUUACUAGAUGGAAUGUAUCAGCAAGGAGCAACUAAUGCAGCUAUAGAUGCUAAUAGAGUGGGUGGAUCAGGGAGUGCUAGUAGUGUAGCUCUUGGCUCAGCUGGAAAUCCGCAACUACUAGCCUUGCCGGCCCCACCAUCAUGUUCAGGAACUAGCUCAACUAGUAAUUGGAACGUUGAUCCUUUUGCAGCAUCAUUAGGGGUGGCUUCGCCGCCUUAUGUGCAAAUGUCGGAGUUGAAGGAGAAACAAAGGCGAUUAGUCGAAGAACAAUAUAUGUGGCAACAAUAUCAAAGGGAUGGAAUGCAAGGCCAUGUUGCAUUAUCAAAGAUUCAACAAAGGUCUACCAAUAUGGGUGGUUAUAAUGGCUAUAACUAUGGAUAUUAAUGCAAAAUUUAGUCAAGUAUAUAUAUCAGUGAAAUAUGAUUUGCUAGUUAGUUCGCUUUUUGAAUUCGCGAUUCACUCAAAAUGAUUUGAAAGUAGCUUAAACCAAUCAUAAUUUGUUUUUUUCGAUUCGUGAUUAGCGAAUCAUGUGACACUGAUAUAGAUUAUAACUGUAGUAGAACAUUCAAAGUAGUGGAUACUUGUUUUUGAUCUGUUGUAAAAAUGAGAAACCCUUGCAGCAACUUAUAAAAUGUUGGUAUUCCAG